AGUGUUAAAAAGUCACAUGGUUUUGCUCGGAGUGAGGCAUCUUACUGCCCUACCAUCUCUGCUGUAUGCUGUAAACAGGACCUCAAGUUAGUGAGAGACGUCGCUUCAAACAGGCUGUUAAAGCCACUUAUCGAAGUAACACCGCUCACUGUGCACGGAGAAUGGAGGACGACGUGUUAACCACGCUGAAAAUACUGAUAAUCGGAGAAAGUGGAGUCGGUAAAUCCAGGUGAGACAAAGAUAACCGUUAGAAAAUGAUGUCGUGGCUGGUUGUUAGCGUUAGCUCGCCAGUUAGCUUAGCAGCACAAGCAAAACGAGUGAAGUUACAGGACACUAGAUCGUUUUACAAUAACACAGAGAGAAAACCUUUUAUUGAUGAUAAACAGGCCAAAGAAUCUGGGUAUUUUUUUUUCAGCUAAAUUAAAGCUGAUAUAGAGCUGUCUUUCAGGCUACCUUUAGCUAGCUAUCAGGGGCUGUUUGAGUCAUCUUUGUUCAUCUGUCAGACUCUCAGCUGUCUGAAGAUUAUAAUAACAAUAAUUAUGUAUUUGUAAUUAUUAAGACAUUUAACAGACGACAUUUUCAUAGCUAUACCGGCUUGUUAGCGGAAACAUGAAAGCGAAAUGUGACAUGCAGGUUUGCAUCAGUACAGAAGCUUUCUUUUGAGUUACCUCUGAGAUUACAGCUUCAUACUCUGAUGAACAAAAACAACGAAUAUUUCUCUCAGGACAGCUGCAUUUAUCAGCUCAGUAAGCCUGGCAUCUUGAAACUUCAGUCUCUAUUAUAAGGUCACUAUUGUUCCACAGAUCAGACUGAUAUUCACAGCACAGUGAGGCACAGUAGCGGUGGUAGGGCUGGGCGACAUGGGAAAAGUUUAUCACGGUUAGACCUGGGCGAUUUGGCCAAAAAAAUGGUCACAAUACAUUUUGUCGUAUUGUCCAAUCUCGAUUAUAAUCAUGAUUUUUUAACUGCCUUUUUUAAAGCAUCUGUACUAAACACUAAAGAAACUAGAGAUUAGUUCAACAUUUUAUCAACAUACAAAGUAAAUAAAGCAAUUUGAAUAAGAUUCACUUAGAAAAAUAUAAAAAAAACAUCUUAACUCAACAGUACAACAAAUAUAGGUAAAUACUAGAUAAUACAGAGAAUUAGUUUAUAGUCCUGAGUGUUUUUGCAGGUAUGCAAGACCCAAAAUAAACAAAAAAAAUGUAAACAUUGGCUGAUUUGCUUGCUGAGAUUGCUGAUGUUCAUGCAUGUUUUAUUUCUGUAUCGCCUUAAAUGAGUUUAAAGAUACCAGCAUAUUGGUAUAAGUUCAAUAUCAAGCAUUCCUAUUUCAGUAUUAGUCUUGGAGUUUUGUUUUGGGCAGCAGAGGUGGGACUUUCAGCCAGAGCAACCCAUGGUGUAAUACAUAGUGAACUACAACAUGAUAAAUAGCCUGUUAUCCAGCCUGCCUACAGAACAGCAAAGAGUGCAAGAGUGUUAUUAGCACCACAGUCAGGAGUCAUUAAGUGGUGAUGUAAAUUUGUUCAGUGCAACAUUUUGACUUAGAUAUCAAGAUUUAGCAACAAUAACAGUGUAAUAAAAUUUCAUGAGUGAAGAUGAGGAUGUAUUGUUUUAAGGAUACUUGGUCCAACUCCCAGUGUGUGUUGUUUAAACUGAGGGCACUUUUCAGAUGAGUUUGUCUCCAAGAAUGUGGUCCAGACUGCAUGAAGGAAUCCUGACAGACAGCCUGAGUAAUCCCCAUCAGACUGCAAACUGUUCUACUGAGUACUGCCUGUGGUAAUCAAACUGUACAUGCCAAUACUUUACAAGCUGCUUCAGGCUUUGUUACAUCAUUCUGAUAAACUGUAUGUCAUGCUUGAAUCAUAUUUUUAGCACAGAAAAGAUAGCUCAAGGUUCUCAAACACAUAGCUGUAAUUUGAACCUAAAGAUGAUGCAGGCUUCUGCAGUGAUCCCAAAACUGGAGUCUCUGCAUGAUUAUGAGGCAUCUGACAUAAAGGUAUGAGAGGAUACACUUCAUGAUAGAUCAGUAAGUGCUGACAGUCUAUUUCUGUCUGUCUGAAAGUUGUAAUAAUCAACAAAAAAUCUCAUGUUUUCUUUUGAUCGUAAAAGUUAUCAUUCAUAGUCAUUAUUGGUUUUUGGGUCAAGUAACAAAGGCUGUUUCUUCAGCGUGUCUAACCGUACAGCAUACUUAAUACUAAAUAAGUUCCAGUUGGAUGAUAUAAUAAACCAACUUAAAUCAGUUGUUUAAAAUGUUAGUAUGUGAAUAACAUCUGAAUAACACUGUGCUAAACUUGUGCUGUGAUGAAGUAGUCUAACUCUGAGUGGUAAACAGGUUUUUAGUUUGUUUCCCUGAAAUCAUCCAGAGGUCGUUUACUAGCUAAGAAAACACAAGCUGAAUAUUCCCUGAACAAACGACCCUCAGAGAGCUUAUUUCUGAACACAUCUGUCUGUAGACCAGGUGAAUUUACUCCAUGGACCCCAAACAACGAACAGUCAUUGCUCCAGAAUCCUUCCUGAAGCUUCACAGUUAAAAUAAGAGAAUCAUGCUCAAAUCACGGGGAGGAGUCUGCCUCUCCUAAAUACCCAAUGAUAUGAUUAAAGUCUGUAGACUCCAUGAGUCAGAGUUAAGAAAUGAACCCUGACCUCCUUACUGCAAUCUCACCAUGAUAUCAUCUCAAGCUUGUACACGUAAUACAAGUGAGGCACAAAGCUCAAUACAAAGAAAGAGAGAUACCAAACCUGAUAAGUGUGGUGCUGCAGGAGGAGAAGGAGGAGGUUAUGUGACUGAAGCAUUUAGAAAUCUAAAGUUUGCUAAACGUGGGUGAAAUGGUAUGGACAGAAAAGCUCUCUGCUGUUUGUGACUCAUGAAGAGUUUUUAUUCCUCCUGUCUGUCCACAGCCUCCUCCUGAGAUUCACAGAUGACACAUUUGACCCAGAACAAGCAGCAACAAUUGGUAAGUAAUGCAGCUGACCUGCGUUUGGUGUGAAGUCAGUGGUUACGAAAGUCAUGAGGUUGAGUGGAGUCAAAGUGGAUGUAAGUGCUCUUUAAGACCCAAAGCAGCUCUGUGUUAGUGAUUCAUGUUACAUUAAAAUAAAGUUUGUUGUUUCUCAUGAAAGGCACUAAAAUAAAAGACCUAUAUUAAAAUCAUACCUUAGCCAUAGAUGAUGAUUAAUCCUGAUGCCCACCUCUUAAACGAUAGAUGAUAGUGAUCAGAGGAGUGCACAUUAAGUUGUUAUGAUUAAUUGUAUCAUCCUCGAUCGAUGGCUCCAGAACCCAUUGUCAGUCAGAAAAAUUACCAAUGAUUUUAUUGUGAAAGGUCUGAAAUGCCGGUCAAAUGUUGUGCCUGAGCUUUAGUGCUGAUACUCUCCACUAGCAAGAGCUGAAACUGCUUAUGUGUGUGGCCACUGCUUAUAACGUAAGCUUGGGGUGUUUGGACAAUACUUAGGGUGCAACUAUAACUCAAACAGUGAAAAACUUGUUGAUAUUCUGCAGCUCGAGCAAAAUACUUAAUAUAAAAGUAUGUAGCUCAUGUGCAGAGCAUGCAUAUUGAUGAGUUAGGCUCUGAAAAACAAUCAAUUUCCUCAGAACUAAACAAUGGUGGCGAAAGGCCGAAUACAGCCACUGAUCAGCAUAUAUGCACUUACAUUUAAUUCGUGUCAAGUUUCAUAGAUUAAAGAAUUAAAUUUGAAUGGGAUUGUAGAUAAAGAUUGAUAACCCCUUUUUUACAUAUUAGUUCUCGUGUACCUCUGUGCCACAGAGGAAACAGAUUUAUUUCUGUCUUAAAGGUGAAGAUGACACUUGGAGGCAGAUAGAGGAGUUUAGUGUUGCACUGAUUGAAAUCUGAAUAGUUAAAGGGAUAGAUAUAAAGGGGUAUGUCUGUCAGCUCAACCCCUUUAAACUGCAGCAAGAACCGUAACGCAAGCAAAUAUACUUGAACAUCCCUGUUCAAGUAUAUUUUGAACUUUUCUUUACCAUUAGAAAGCUUGUUGUUUUUUUUAAUACUUAAUUUUCAUAGAAAUACUCAACAUGUUGAAGCAAACAAUUGGUCACCUAUACAUUCAUACUGUUGUUGUUAUCACAAAUAGAAAUACAUGUCAGAUAUCAUACAAUAAUUGCUCAAGCAUCAGAUUGUGAGUUCACAAACACAAUCCAUUUUUCCCAGUAUUGCAGAAAUUUAUACACCUGGUGACUUAGUGAAAAGGUCAUUCUUUCCAUAUUCUGUAUAGUAUUUACAAUAUCUAUCCAGUCCGUCACUGCUGGGGCAACUGCCUGCAUCCACCUUCGCGUUACAGCUUUUUUGCUGGUUGCUCCGGUAAGCAAGCUAUGGUCUUUCCCAAAUAGAUUGGUAGAAAGGAGCAGUCAAUUUCAACACCAAAAACCUUCUGUAUUGCCCUUGUCACCCCCUGCUAAUAUGGCAUCCCCAAAAUACAUGAAAAUGACCUUCCAGCUGUUCUUUGCAGUUCCUCCAGCAUAGACCCCCUCCCAUUUCCUCCAUUCAUACACUUUUUAGCUUAGGUGUUACAAAAUAUCUCAUCAAAUUCCUCCAACAAAAUUCUCUCCAGAGGCCUGAACUGGUGGAGGAGCUCAUUGUUAUUUGCUCUAUCUGCAAACACAACACACAUACGUGUUCUUCUCCCUGCAGCACCAUCAGCUAGAUGUAGGGCUGCACGAUUAAUCCAUUUUAAAUUGUAUUUGGAUUAUUUGAUUAUGAAGAUGUUAAAAACAUUUAAAAUCGUCAAAUCGAUUUUCCUCUCUAUCAUGUCUCGUGCCUCCAGGCCACCAUAGGCUCCCCCUUCAUGCAAGAGCACUCCCCAGUUCCCAUACACACCAGUGUAAACAAACAUGGCGUUUGCAAAAGAAGGCUGUAAUUUCGUGGCUAAAAAGGACAAGAGCAAGUUAGUCGUGUGGAAUUGGUACGGCUUCGCAGUUUCGGACUAAGAGCAAACCACUCCCCAUUGCAAAGUCUGUCUGAAGACGAUAACAACCCUUCCACAUGGAAACAAAAUGCAAAAGUCUUUUGUCAUAUCAACGUUUCAUCCACAAGAAACAGCGUUUCAGGUGACUGUUAACAGUACUUUUUGAAAAUGGGUCAGAGAGUGCAUAAAUCCAUAAACAACUACCAUUUCAUCUCUGUGUGGAUGUCUAUCUGCAUCUCUUUUUUAAAAUUAUUUAUUUAUUUAUUUAUUUUUAUUUGUGCAGUGUGACAAUACAAGACAUACAACAAACAAUGGCAUUUGUGGUUUUGUGUGUGUGUGGUGUGUGUAUUAUAUACACUCACCGGCCACUUUAUUAGGAACACCUGUCCAACUGCUCGUUAACACUUAAUUUCUAAUCAGCCAAUCACAUGGCGGCAACUUAGUGCAUUUAGGCAUGUAGACAUGGUCAAGACAAUCUCCUGCAGUUCAAACCGAGCAUCAGUAUGGGGAAGAAAGGUGAUUUGAGUGACUUUGAACGUGGCAUGGUUGUUGGUGCCAGAACAGUGUCUGAGUAUUUCAGAAACUGCUGAUCUACUGGGAUUUUCACGCACAACCAUCUCUAGGGUUUACAGAGAAUGGUCUGAAAAAGAAAAAAUAUCCAGUGAGCGGCAGUUCUGUGGGCGGAAAUGCCUUGUUGAUGCCAGAGGUCAGAGGAGAAUGGCCAGACUGGUUCGAGCUGAUAGAAAGGCAACAGUGACUCAAAUAACCACCCGUUACAACCAAGGUAGGCAGAAGAGCAUCUCUGAACGCACAGUACGUCGAACUUUGAGGCAGAUGGGCUACAGCAGCAGAAGACCACGCCGGGUGCCACUCCUUUCAGCUAAGAACAGGAAACUGAGGCUACAGUUUGCACAAGCUCAUCGAAAUUGGACAAUAGAAGAUUGGAAAAACGUUGCCUGGUCUGAUGAGUCUCGAUUUCUGCUGCAUCAUUCGGAUGGUAGGGUCAGAAUUUGGCGUCAGCAACAUGAAAGCAUGGAUCCAUCCUGCCUUGUAUCAACGGUUCAGGCUGGUGGUGGUGUCAUGGUGUGGGGAAUAUUUUCUUGGCACUCUUUGGGCCCCUUGGUACCAAUUGAGCAUCGUUGCAACGCCACAGCCUACCUGAGUAUUGUUGCUGACCAUGUCCAUCCCUUUAUGACCACAAUGUACCCAACUUCUGAUGGCUACUUUCAGCAGGAUAAUGCGCCAUGUCAUAAAGCUGGAAUCAUCUCAGACUGGUUUCUUGAACAUGACAAUGAGUUCACUGUACUCAAAUGGCCUCCACAGUCACCAGAUCUCAAUCCAAUAGAGCAUCUUUGGGAUGUGGUGGAACGGGAGAUUCGCAUCAUGGAUGUGCAGCCGACAAAUCUGCGGCAACUGUGUGAUGCCAUAAUGUCAAUAUGGACCAAGCUCUCUGAGGAAUGCUUCCAGCACCUUGUUGAAUCUAUGCCACGAAGAAUUGAGGCAGUUCUGAAGGCAAAAGGGGGUCCAACCCGUUACUAGCAUGGUGUACCUAAUAAAGUGGCCGGUGAGUGUAUGUGAAUAAUAAUGAAAAAAAUAAAUAAAUAAAUAAAUAUUACAAUUGUCAGACAAGCAAAAGAAAAUUAUAAUACACGAACAAUAUCAAUAAUAAUAAUAAUAAUAAUAAUAACAACAACAAUAAUAGUAAUAAUAAUAAUAAGAAGAAGAAGAAGGAGAAGAAGAAGAAAUUUGUGGACCACCUCGGGUCCCUUCCCACUCGUGCGAGACCUGCCUGCAUCCCCCCAGGCCCCCAGACCCCAACCCCCACAUGCCCCACACUGAAUGCGGCACAACACCUUGCCCUAUGUUUAUAUAUGUAUUUAGUCUUUGUUAUUUACUUAAUAUACUUUAUAAUUAUUUAUUCAUUUAUUUUUAUUAUUAUUAUUAUUAUUAUUAUUAUUAUUAUUAUUAUUAUUAUUAUUAUUAUUAUUAUUAUUAUUAUCAAUAUUAUUAUUAUCAUUAUUAUUAUUAUUAUUUUAUUUUUUAUUUUUUUCUUAAUUCUCUUAUAUAUGUGCUUUCUAAUGUUGUGCAUUAAAACUGAGGAGAGGGGUUGUCCUGAACUAUAAUUUGAUGUGAUUGAGACCCCUUUCCUCUUCCUAAUCUAUUGUGAUGUGCAAUAAAAAAGGUGAUGUGCCAUCUGAAGACAGUCCAGGGCGGUGAACUGGGGGAGGGGGGAGGCCGGGAGGGCAAGGAGAUCACAGGUCAUGGCCUAACAGGCGCGACCCAGCAGGGACCCGAGCAGAAAAUAACUGUAAAUGUAAGUUUAUAAAUAAAUAAGUAUAAAUAAUAGGGCUGUCAAUCGAUUAAAAUGUUUAAUCGCGGUUAAUCGAAUUUUGAUCAUAAUUAAUCAUGAUUAAUCGCAAAUUGAUCGCAUAUUUUUGAUCCAUUCUAAAUCUUUUUCAAAUUGUAAUACUUUUAUCAACAUAAGAAUCAACAUGAGAACAGAUCGUGGAUUUUCUUGGUGAUGGUGGUUGUCUUGUGUAUGAAUGGUGCUUUACAAAUAAACUUGUCCUGCCUUAAGCAGCUUACUUGUUGUAUCCUGAUCAUGCGAACAGAUCCUGUGGUCCAUGUGUUGAGUCAUUAUGCUGUAAAAACACUGAGAGCUGAACUCUGAUUCUGAAGACACUAACAUUCUGCUUUUCUGACUGAACUGCUGAAUCCUGAAGACAGUGGGUAACAAACACUGAUUUCCUAAAUUGAUUUGAUUUCUGAUUUAAUUCAGUUUGAUUUAAUAAUAAUUCAUUGAGGGAUAUUUCAGCUUCAGUACCUGUUUUGCUUGAAUAUAAAUGUGAGUCUUAGAGAACUCAGAACAGAAGUUAUACUUUCACUUGAAUUAUUAAUAAGAAACUUUCUAACUAGGCACAAUAUUGAAAAUAUUAAAGUUCACACAAAAAAAUGAGCUCAAAUUUGUCUCCUGGAUACACUUUUUGUAGAACGACACGUUCGAUCAAUUAACAUAAAGUGCAACAUAGACUUAACAGUUAGUCGAGUAACCAAAUACCUCUGGAGGAGGGACUAUCGGUGUCAUCCCCCCCAAAUUGCACGUCGCCUUCAAAAAGUGAGCAGCAAGAGCAGCGAUCAUGUUGGUUGCUCAAACCAUUUUGGUAAAAACAACAAAACGCCUAAGUUUUACAGAAUAACAUCAACAUCAGACGUCUGGUUGCUAGCUAUCAGAAAAGUCAUUCUAUUUGGAGUCAUGUUGAUUGAUCAGACAACAACAAAUCACACAGAAGUGAUCAUAUUUACUGCUCCAAUUUUGCAUUGUCGUCUUGGACGGACUUAAUUUGUGACCUUUUGUUAUUCUAAAUCAAAUACUCAGCCAUACAGGUGCGGCUCGCAGUCAGGAUGCAGUUGUUUUUCUUGUUCAUAAUGACCCAGACUUUAUACAUCUCAGUCCUUUUCCCUUGUCUUUGCAAGCACCUCAGUUGACUUCUCAGUCCACCCUGUCUCCAGAAAACUGUCCCCCAGCUUUCAAACUGGUUUCUUGGCAGUUUCUCAUUGAGGGCUGAACUGACCGGCAUGGAUUGUGGCUAACACACUUAUUGACCUUACAGUCACACAGCCUCACUUCAGAAAUACUUAAAACCUUCAUAUUGUGCAGAAAAACUGGAUUCAGACCCCAAAGCUCUGUCAGGUGAAGGCCUACAUGCAGGUAAAGGCUGUGUGUGGUCAACUUCAAACAGACAGGCCUGAUAAAGGUCACCCGGUCUUGUCAUACUGUGAUGAUUUAGGUGAAAGGCUUACUGCGUGCCCUCUUUUAAAGGCCUGUCUGAGUUUGAAUUAAAGCUGGACAGACUGGUCCUGGAUCAGGGAAAUAUUUGGUGUAAACUCCUUUAUGCAUGUGGCAACAGUAUCUGAGCAACCCUGCUGGACUUCAGGGAGAGCUGCUUGUGACCGAGUGUGUGAACAGACUGUAUUUACGUCUCCUCUGCCUGUUUGCAUGUCCACUUUUCUCCUGGUCUGUUUUGACUCCAAACUUAAACUCCCCUCCUCAUUCCCAGGUGUAAAAACAAGCCCAUCACAUGCAUUCAUCCCCUGCUAAAUCUGUCACUGGGUGCUAAAACUGUGUCUGACAUGUGGUCCAGACGAUGCACUCUGCACACUGAAACUCUGCACAAAGGCGCUUCAGGAGAUUUACUUGUGGAGGGAAGAGGGACAACACGGUUAUUUUCAUGUAAAUGUCUGCUCUUCAAGGACCUGUGGGACCUGCAGGAGUGAAUCAUUGCUGUCUGAGCCAUAACACAGGUGGUGGGUUUUAUUUUUUGAUAUGAAUCUGCAUUAGUUUCAGUCUGGGACAUUGAACCACACUGUCCCUUUGUGAGGGGUAUGAAAACACAGUGACACCAUAAUUUAAUGUCCGGACAUAAGACAGGCACCAUGCCAGUCUGGAAAUCUGGGGUUAGUAUGAGUUCAGAGACGCUCUGUGGUCUGUAUGUUUGUACAAGACAUCAUCAGUGACUGUGGGCUGCAGUCAGGAUAGGACUUUCUUUAACAGACUCAAGCACAAAACCCGUAUUUUUGACCCGGUUAAGGAUGAAUCACUGUCACAACCUGAAUCUAUGACAUAAAAAUAUAAAAAUCAGGCUGGAUGCCUGUGUUUUGUGAAGAGAGACUGUGUUAUGCUUUAAAAAUUCAAGCAAGGAUCUCUGCCAUAUGAGACACAGAAACACGUAAGCCUACCCUAGAGUUUGUUCUGCAACUUUUUCUGUCCACUCUAGUCUUUUUAUGGGUCAGAAAUGACUGUUGAGAAAGCUGCUGUCUGAGCCUUCACCAGCACCAACUUUCAGCCUUUGUACCAGUGCUGCUGUUGCUCAAGUGUCAAAGAGCGGAUUUCUUCAACUGUCAUCUAAGCUCCUGAAAGUUAUCCAAGUUGUCCUGAUGUUCACUCAGUAGUGACGAUUCGAUUGUUUCUAAAAUGCUGUGUAUGCCUUUUUUUUUAAAUGAAAUUUUAUAAAGAAACAAAACGAUGGAUUAUAGAAAUAAUGUUCUAUCACUUGCAACAGGAAAUUAAAACAAAGAAUCAUAACUACCCUUACUUUGAUAGAUAUUGAUAUCAUAGUUAUUAAAAAUGAUUACCCACAAAUGAACAUUUCAGUUACACACAUUGAAGAAACUUUAAACCUCUUUAAAUCUUAAAAAUAAACAAUAAGUAGAAAAAAGUGUUUAUUUCCGUUUUUCUGUUUACUAAGUCACAGAAAAACUGUGAUUUAUGUCUGUCUGUAACUGGGUGAAAUCAAUGUUGCUGCAAGUAGGGCUCUGUUAAAGAUCGUUGAUGAAGUUGAUAUCAGACGUCAUGAAGACACUGACGAAUGUUGAACUAUUUAAAAAACCCACUGAUGAUAAACAUGUUCUUACAAACUAACCUGCAGUGAUUUUAGGUGCAUCCAGCACAUAAAACAACAUUAGUGGGGACAGGCCUGUACUGAGUGUCUGCAGGAUCAAAAGUUAAUAAGCCAAAGGACGAUAUCUGCAAAAACCACAGGAGUAGUAAAUGCAGUGUUUCUCUCUGAUCUCCGUCCUCUCCUUUAACUGUCCCUGACCUCCAUCAUAAUGAGUUCUUGUUUGAUUUUUAAUGUGUUUGAGUUGCUGUAGAUCUAAAAGGUGCUCAAUGAGUAAAACUCUUUGCUUUGUCAGUAACCAUAAAAACGUCCAAGAGUCGACAGGAAAGCACAACAGAGAGACUGACUGACUGUCUUUUCAUCAUCUAGGUGUCGACUUCAAAGUGAAGACCAUUUCUGUGGACGGCAAUAAGGCAAAGCUGGCGAUAUGGGUGAGAGAGAGACUGUGUUUAUUCUUCAGUAACACUCAUGAAACAAAAAUGUGCCUCCUCCAUGUCAGUCAGAGCAGAGAUUACAGUUUUCCUCGGCUGUUUUGGCUCAUGUCUUGAAACAUUUUUUAAAUUGUCAGCACCAAGACACAGUCUUAAAAUACUCAUAGUUUCCAUAAAACACUAAAGUUAAGCUGUAGAAGUUUGCAGCUCACCCAAAACCUUUAAUUUGGUGUCAAAAUGAAGUUAUUGUGCGAAUUUAUAACACCCUGUAAACAAAAUCACACGUUUCUGUGACUGUGCGAAAAUGUGGUCAAAAAUGUUCCGUGUUUUGUACGAAUGACGGUGGACUCAGGAAGCAGGUUUCUACAUUUUAAGCUUCAGUAAGACUUAUUCUUCAUGUUCUCACUGACACUUUUACUGCUCUCACAGUCUGGACCAGAUAGCUCCUAGGUCUAACGUAAUAAAUAGACUUCAGAUGCUGAUUUCAGAGGUCUGGAUGUUCAGAUUUCACAGGUACAGAAUGAGCUGGGUUUAAUUCUAGUAAGAGGAAGAACAACUUUGUUAGACAUACUUUGUUAGACUACACUGUUAGACAUAUAAGUGUUGCAGAUACUCAUCGUUUUAUUCUGCUUUUGUUGUGUAUAAAUGAGGAUAAUUUAAGGAGUAUUUCAUUCACUUCAUGUCUAAGAAUUUAGGCUAAAACAAAAGAGAAAAACUUUCAACCAGAUGCUGCUCUGAGACUGUCUGUUAUCUGUUAUACCUGCAAGUAGUCAGAAGAUGGCGCCCAAGCUACAUCAGUUCUGCCCUUCUGCUCAUUUAGAGACACAGGAGUCUGGUCGUUUCUGUCCAUCUGUCCCUGCUGGCUUUCUCUUUGAGUCUCCAGUCUCUUCCUCCCAGUGUGUCUAGUGGUGCUGAACUGGUUUGUUUUUCAGGACACUGCAGGUCAGGAGCGUUUCCGAACUCUGACACCCAGCUACUACCGUGGCGCUCAGGGAGUCAUCCUGGGUGAGUUCUAAUGUGGAUGCUAUCACUGCACCUGAGUGCACAGAGUGAGAGAGUGUAAAAUAAUGUGUGUGAGUGUGUGUGUGUUCACUGAGUUUAAGGUUCAGAUCCCUGGUUGUAAAAAGAACCUGAAGCGUGAUGGUUUUUCAUCCUGUGACCCCUGCACACAAUCCUGCCUCUUUCCGUGGAAGUGAGUUUAUAGCCUUAAGUCAGAGUGCUCAUAUGGACGUGCAUGUACAUUAUGUAUAUGAACACACACACACACACACACACACACACACACACACACAGGAACAGAGUUAAACCUCUUAAGCAGACUUCCUCUGCAGCCUUUGCUUUCUGACCGCUCUAAUGAUCUAUGGAAAUACAAGCUGCCUCGUUAGAGCGCAGAGAGCUGCUGUCUGAUGAGGACUUCUGUGUUUUUGAGUGUAUUUACUUUAUCCUGAGCUGCUGGAUACAUUUGUGUUGGCAUCUCUCUUAGCAGUAAGAUUUUAUUACAUCUAAUUUAUUUCUCCAGAAAGCAGCAAAAUGUAUGUUGUUGAAGUUUAAGACUUUGGAAACAGUAACACUCUAAUAAACACAAUCGUUUAUUUUUCUUUGAAGGGUUUCACAAUCUUAAAUAAAAGUGGCAAAAGCUUCAGACCAAAUCAGACCAUGACUUUUGAUUAACAGGUUUUAAUUUUCUGCAUCCUGGAAAUCCAGAGAAAAAGACAUGCACAAAUCAGAAGGUGCUGCAUGUCAAGUGGAAAAUACAGAAAAGUAACAGUUACAAGUUCAACAGAGUUGGAAAAUCUCCUUUUUUCCAUGAUUUUGCAGAUGAAGCAACAUGUUGUCCCUCCUACAAGACUCUGAAGUUAUGUUAGAACUGUGCACACAUGUGCAAAACAUUAAAUGUUUGAGCAUUUUCUUUUCUACAGUGAAAGCAAAUGCACAUACCACUAACGUCCCAGUUACAUGUAGCCAGAUACACUGCAGCUGCAUGAAGUGUUUGUUAAAGGGAUGUGCAGCACCGUGUGUGUGUGCUUGUGUGUUGUAUCUGAAAAUAGGCCCUCUGAAAGCAAAGUGCUGAAAACUUUCUGCUGACUGACACGUUGCUGAAACACUUAACAAGACACUCAUACAGCUUAACUUCAAAAUGACAAAAAUAUCCCUCUAACAUCAACCAGAACCCGUCUGAAACAGGAGAGAUGCCAUUUCAUACAGAUUACCUUUUACCAGGGUCCAGUGUUUAGGUAACGUGAACACAUUUCUCUGGAGUUACUCUAGAAAUGUUUGAAAUGAUUUUCACAAUAAAUGCAUCUCUAGAUAAAGUUCAUGUUGCAUGACCUGCAACAAAUGGAGGUCACUGUCAUGUCCAAAUCAAAAAUAGUGAAGAUAUUCAUGCACUGAGGUGCUGGUUUGAGCUGGUGGUUCAGUUGCACGCCACAUGCAAGAAGGCUCUAGUCCUCAAUCAGAUGCCUGCAGGUUUCAUUCCAGCCUGCAGCCCUUCUCAUGCACGUCCCUCCUCCAGUUACCUGCUCUAGUCACUGUCACAUCCUCUCUAAAUAAAGACUUUAAAGCCUGAAAACUUUGAAAUUGAAGAAAAGAGACAUGCAGGAUAUCUGUUACUGCUGAAAUUUUGAAUGAAAUCAACUUUAAUCUUGAGCCUUAACCUAAAAGACAAAGCUACAGGCGAUAUCAUAUCUCCUAUUCUGAUCUUGAUCCGUGUUGACUUCAAAGAGGAUAAAAACACAGGUCAGAGCUUUGUCCCGGCAUUACUCUGCCUCUAAAAUAGUGCAGCUGUAUUAAGCAUGUGUUUAUAUUUUUGCUCAUUAUGUCCUCACUUUGUUUUGGUCUCAGUGUACGAUGUCACACGACGGGAAACUUUCACCAAACUCGACAACUGGCUCAACGAGUUAGAAACGUACUGCACGAGAAACGACCUGGUGAAAAUGCUGGUGGGAAAUAAAAUUGAUAGGGUGAGUAAGAAACGUGUGUUUCCACUCAGGAUAACAAGCUGUGUGAUUGAGGAGAGGGCAGGACGUUAUGCUUUUUAAAUCCAGCUCUGGCUCGGUUUGAGCUGUCAGGAUAGAAAAGAAAAAUAACCGGGUAAACUGCUACUUUUCUACAAAUUUGAUUUGGUUUUUUGGUGUCUGACAAAAGGACCCGUAAAGCUUUGUUUUAAACACCGUAUUUCACAGAACAGGAAAUUAAAUUGGCAAAAAUAAUUAUCUUUAAAAAAAAAAAGUCAGCGUACAGCCUCUUGACAAAUUACAGAGCUAAAUGACGCUGGCAGAUCCUCGCUCAUAUUCCUGGCAGCUGCUAUUUUACUAGGAUAAAAAUGCCCACUAAGUAGAGCAUUAUGAAUUUAUUGUGUCCUGCUCUUUGUCUGUGAAAAUCACUUUCCCUCUCCACCCUGUGAUGACCACAGUGGCUGACAGCUCAGCCCGGCAGGCCUCAAAUAAGCCAUUACCUUUCUUUGUUUUAGGAAAACCACGAGGUGGACCGGGCCGAGGGACUGAAGUUUGCGAGGAAACAUUCCACCCUUUUUAUAGGUAAGUCAGGAGGAUUCCCGCUGCAGGGCAUGACUUACAGCAGAGUAUCACAGAGGGGGAAACAGCACCGAAAUAACUAUCAUACUUUCUGAGGAAUUCUCUCAUACUUCUAUUUUUAAAACCGGUCCACACAUCAUCGCCCAUCUGCUGUAGUUUCCUUCUCCCUUUUUUAUUCUCAAGACUUUCAGUGAGUCACAAUUCGAAGAACUUCGCUUCUGAGUAAACACCUCGACAUCAUCUUCUCUUUAGAGGUUGAUUAAAAAUAAGUCAUGAGUUUGAUCUUCUCAGAUUUACAUGGACUUUCCAAAAAGUCAUUCUCAUGACUCCUCUAUGAGGAGGUGUUAAAUCUGUGCCCUUAAACCUGCCUUUAAUUCACUGUUAGUGUUUGGAGUUGACACAUGCUGUUGCAGUAUUUCCCUCACUCAUUCAUCGAUCCCCUGAUAACAAAAUAAGAUCCAGAAUGCUGCAUGGGUUUUGAGACUGCCAAAACAUAUGUAUACAAUGUUUUACAUAUGUAAAGAUGAAAAAAAUAUCAUUUUGUGAGGAUUUAGCAGCUUUUUAUCCCCCCUACAACUCUAAUCCAAUAAGUUUGGACACUGUAAAAUGAUGAUGAGAGUGGAUUUUUAAUAGUUUUAAAUCAUUAAAAAUCUGUAUUCACUUGAUAUACGACUUUAAAACUCUUUAAAGCUGCUGUGACUAGUGUUUGAUGGUUAUGAAACUGGAUAAAAUUUAUAAUAGACAUUUAUUCACCUCUAAAAUAAAACACUAGAUUCAGCGAAAAAGCUACACUGUACGUUUAGACAUCAGUGACUGAUAAAAGGCGUUAGUGUCACUGCAGAUGGUGGACAGCUCACCCAAAUAACAGACUUGCUGCUCAUUUUCAAUUGAAUAUCAGCAACAUAUUUGUAAAAACUUGUUACAGGUCAAAAGUUCUUUUAAAGAAACAACCAAACAGGUAAAAAGUUAUUGUUAUAGAGGAACAACUAAACUGGUAAGAAGUUGUGCAGACAGAAAUGGGGUCUGAGUAACAGCUGUGUAAUGAUUGUGUUUUCAAGUUUUGUUAAUUCAAAGUUAAAUCUGUCACUAGAGGUCCUGAAUCAAUUGAUAAAAACAUAGAACAUAGAAUGAUAUUGUGUGAUUCUCCCCUUCUCUCGCUCCACCUCUAUUCUUCUUUUAUUAAAUCAAACAAUUUUUUUCUCCGUCCUCUCCUCUUCACUUUAUUCGUCCAGAGGCGAGCGCCAAAACCAGGGAUGGUGUUCAGUGUGCGUUUGAGGAGCUGGUGGAGAAGAUAAUCCAGACCCCUGGUUUAUGGCAAAGCGAAAACCACGGCAGAGGAGUCCAGCUGACUGAUGAGGAUGCAGGAGGUGGAACCUGCGGUGGCUACUGCUCCCUGGUUUAGACGACCCACAUCAUUCUCACACACAAACAAACUCCACACACAUUCAGACAUACACACGUGAAUACCACACACUCAGAUGUAAACACAGACACAAACACGCUCCCUGACCUGAGCUCCCUCCUCAGACAUGAAGGCGGUGAAGGUCUGAGGUGGACCGUCCUCACUCUACCUGUGUUCACAAAUUUAAUGCACACUUUCUAAUAAUAAGAGCGCUGCGCUACAGUGAAGCUGCAGUAAUGGGUCCUCUGGAUGGAUCUUUACCGAGGUUUUCUCCUCUGUCUGGUUUUCAGUGACAGUUUUGUGCAGCUUUGGAGCUGUGGUCAAAAUAAGAACCAUUCUCAUUUCAUAUGAAUGAUAAAUAUGUUAAAGACAUGUACAAGAAGUCCAACCAAAGCAGGUCAGGUGUUUGGCUAACUCUCCUAAGUUUGAUAAUGAGGAUGGAAACAUUUUAACCACAGGUCCCCCUUGUCUUCAGCAUGCUAAUCGUCCUUGGAGCACCUUGCCUUAGCGAGCACAUCUGUAUCAGCGCAGGGCCGAUGUCUCUCGGUGUUAGCCUUCCCUCUGCUCCGUCCUGAUCCUGCCCCUCAGACUGAACAUUUGGCUGCUCACGGAGAAGCUUAUCGAGCCAGGCUUGUUUUCCGUCUCACCACUCAGUCUAACGGCCUGGAUCAUGUCUUUCUUUUGUUUUCCACACAACUGCCUCAUUUUUUUUUCAGAGUAUAAUAGAGUUACCAAGUGUCUGGAAGGAGGUUUUACUGCUUUUAUUGACUUGGACUUCAGACCUGUGGUGUGUUUUGAAGAGCGCAUGAAUCAAAGAGAUUGGCACCAGCGAGCUUUCCACUGGGUGCCUGAAGAAGAGGGAACUCUUAAAAUUGCACGCCUUCGUUGUAACGAGUUGCUUUAAUGGAGUGCGACUUACUGGCACUCUGUGACUCAGACAGAUAAUAUCAGUAAUAUCACUCGCACAGCUUCAGUUUUUCAUACACAUCCGUUUGAGCGGACAGAGACAAAGGAAAAGUGUUCAAUAUAAGCCGGGGCAGUGAGUCAUGAGGGUGUUUCCACUGAGUUUGGAAAAUCAAAGAGAAAGCUGUGUGUCCACAUCCCUGAUGGAUUUCACAGCACUCCUAUCUGUGUGUGUCUUUGUAUCCAAGGAGUAGAUCUACAUGUACUGUACUCUGACCCCUGACCUCUGACCUUGUUCAUAGUGAUUGAAUGCUGGUGUGUGUUCUGGGAAAUCUUGAUCUGAGAGCGUGAUCUUGUAAAGGGGAUGUAGUGAAAAUGGACAUGAGGCAUGUCUCAUCACAGGCUGAAUUUUUUAAAUCGUUUUAACUGCAUGUGAAUUUCUCUCUGCGUGCCAUCUUUGUGUUUGUUUGUCCAGUGAACGGCCCUCAGAGGCUUUUUACGAUGAACUCUAUUAUAACUUAUAUUUAGCUCAAAGAAGAGGUUGACCAUCAGAGUUUGAUGAGACAUUAGAGCAAAGUAGAAAUAGACCCUCACUUAUUUAACCGUCUCUUUGUGUUCAGAAAUAAGUUUAAACAUAUGAACCGUGUAAAUUGUGCAUUUUAAGGAACUCUGUGAGAUGAUUCCUGUAUAAUUUGUAAAGCUGAAUGUAAACAUAUUUCACUACAAACCUCCCUGUGUAUUAAACUGAAUAAAACUUUUUUUAAGUACAGUGAUA